CUGACCUGGCAGACAAUGGGCACAAGACAUCGUCUCCCUGCACCUCCCUCCUCCCCAGUGCCUGCACGCUCUCUGCCCCUCUCUGUCCUGGCCGUGCUCUCUCGUUCUGAGGGUCCUAUGAAGAGCAGCAUGUUUCUGCGGGUGCUCUCAGGAGCUAGCGUUAUCGUGCUCGUCCUGCUGGGAUGUGCCGGCGCUCAAAGUCAGACGACACAAAGGAGUAACUUCACGCGGCCAGUGUUUAACUGUGGAGGCGAGCUGAUCGCGGACUCGGGCUUCGUGGGCAGCGAGGGGUUCCCCAGCUACUACAAGCCUGACCGCAAGUGCACCUGGUACAUCACGGUGCCUGAGGGUCACGUGGUCAUGCUGUCCUUCCGUGUCUUCGACCUGGAGGCCGACCCCCAGUGCCGCUUCGACUACGUGGAGGUGUACAACGGCCACUCCUACACGGCGCAGCGGCUGGGCCGCUUCUGCGGCACCUUCCGCCCCGGCGCCCUGAUCUCCACCUCCCACAGGAUGAUGGUGGAGAUGGUCUCGGACUCGGGCACGGGCGGCAGGGGCUUCCUGGGCUACUUCAACGGAGGGAAGCCUCACGUGGACGAGCACCAGUUCUGUGGCGGCAAGCUGACGAAGUCACAGGGCUCAGUCAAGACCCCCAACUGGCCCGAGAAGGAUUACCCAGCAGGCAUCAGCUGCUCCUGGCACAUCAUCGUCGAGAGCAACAUGGUGAUCGAGGUGACCUUCGACAAGUUCGAUCUGGAGCAUGACAGUUACUGCCGCUAUGACUAUGUGGCGUUCUUCAACGGCGGCGAGUCCGACGACUCGCGGCGCAUCGGGAAGUACUGCGGAGACAUAGCACCCGGCACCAUUGUGUCCAAUGGGAACGAGCUGCUGGUGCAGUUUGUGUCUGACCUCAGUGUGACCUCUGACGGGUUCAUGGCCACCUACACCAGCAUCCCGCGGGGAUCCAAGCCCAGCACCGUGGCCGGGGAGGAGAACGGGCUAGGCCCCCAGUUGGUACCAGAAUCAGCCGCCAAACCUCCCUCCAAACCCGGACCCAAACCCCCGGCUAAACCCGCCGUCACCAAACCCGUCAAGCCCAAACCCACGCUCAAACCGAAAGUCACCCCCGCGCCAGGGUCCAAGCCCAAGACCACUGCCAAGGCCCCGGUCAAGCCCUCCCCCAAGCCCGGUACCAAACCUGCUGCCAAGCCCACAGCCAAGCCCACAGCCAAGCCCGGGCCCAAACCGGCCGUCCGACCUGGACUUAAACCAGCCCGAAACGGAACCAGGGUGGUGUUGAGACGACCUGGCCCCAGCGACAAGAGUGGCGCCGCUAACCCGCUGUGUGCUCAGGGCUGUAAGAGGACCGCGACCAUCCAGAGCAGCUUCUGCUCCAGCGAGUUCGGUGAGGAACCUCUCGUUUUCUCUCUGUCUGCUCUCGGAUUCACGUUCUCAGAGCUGUUCAAACUGGUGUCUGCCUGCAAGAAGUGUCCACUCAUUCGCAGAGGCGCUAACUACAUCCUGAUGGGCCAGGUGGAUGACGAGGGGCGUGGCCUCCUUUCACCCAAUAGCUUCACUCUCCUCUACAAAGCCCCACACCAGAAAAUGCUGACCAAUCUGAACAGCAAGCCAUGCUGACCUCACUAAACCGACCAAUCACGUGGCUAGAGAACGACAUUACACAAAAUAACACUUCCCGCUCCGGAAAUAUAGGCAUCAAAAGCCAGACUCCUAUGCAAUCACAGAAUUCAGUGUCAUGAUAUUGGAACCUUUAGAAGAGAAAAAGUCUGAAGCGUGUGUUUGGUGAAAUAGCCACCUCACAGUUCCUUACAGACUUUGGUCACAACGAGCACCAUUUAAAGAGGGGCUCCCCAGUCCUGGCUCUGGUGACCCCAGUGCUUUCUGCCUGUAUUCCAGUUGAUUUCUCUUUGACUUUACUGAAACCCUUAAUUGAAGUAAAAGCUUAGUAAGUGGGGUGAGGCAGACUUGA